CAAAACCAAAAUGGUUUCUUCCCAAAAACUGCAAAUGGUUAGCUACCAUUGCAUUCAGUCCAGAAAAGAGAAAAAGAAGAACAGUCAUCUCAACCCACCUUUUCUUGCUAUAAGUAACUGCCCCUUGCAACAAGACUUUUCUCACCACUUCUUCACCACGAUGAAGGUGACUGUGAAAGAGACGAGCAUGGUUCGGCCAGCAGAAUGCAGGUCGCGGCAUAGCCUGUGGCUGUCGAACUUGGACCUUCUGCAGCUGAGAAAUCAUGUCACUACCAUCUACGCAUACAAUAAGCCAAAAACAGCAGGAUCUUCUGCUUCGUCCUCCACGUUCUUCGACAUCAAAGUGCUGAAGGACGCUCUGAGCAAGGCCCUGGUGCCAUUCUAUCCCGUGGCAGGGAGGCUUGGAAGAGAGCCCUUCGUCCUCCACAUUCUCAGCAGUAAAAUACUAAAAUCUCCACGGAAGGUAAGUCCAAAGGAUCAGAGAGCCCUUGAAAUCAGCAUUGCAAGGGCAUUCCCAUCGGAAUGAGCGCCUUAAAUCACCACCACGGUAGCACAGGGGAUGUGUCCCCAGACUCCGGUGGAGAAGGCUACCGAUCAGAGAGAAAGGAAGUUCGUGCCGGCAGGCGAUCAAUGCAUACUGUUUAUAUCAUCCAGCAGACAACUGAAAAAUCAAAUCCAAGAACGAAGAAGAACAAAAAUGCAAGCUAUCCAGCAGUGAAAGCCCUAAAAGUCAAUAACAGAAUUGAGCUGACAACUAAAAUUAAACCUCAAAUUCACGGUUAGUUUAUCAGAAAUGAAAUUCUAGAACGACAAAACAUGAGAAUUUGAGGUUCCUCCUCUUUGUUCUUCGUCUGUUUCCUCUUUGUUUUUUCCUCUUAGUUCCAUUUGCAGAGUGGUAUGCAUUUUCAGAUUUUCUUGUUACGUGUUUUGUAGCUUUGUUGAAAGAGCAUAUAAAGAAAGAGAAAGUUCUUAAAUUGAGAAUUCCCAGCAUAAACCUGAAUAGCUCCAAACAAAAGAACCUCUUUGGCAAAUCAGACCAUAGUUUAAUGGUUCAAGAACAAGCGAACGCUUCAAUCCUCCUCCUCCAUUGUCGCUACAAAUAACUUGAACUUAGAAUGUUGCUUUAAAUCAUCUUCUAGCUUUCCUCGUCAUUUCCAGUCUUAAAAACUUGGUCUACCUUCUGUUCUUUCAGGAAAAUGAAGGUGAGUGUGAGACAGAUGAGCAUAGUACGCCCAGCAAAAUGCACGCCGAGGCAUAGACUAUGGCUGUCGAACUUGGACAUUGUGCAUCCAAAAACUCAUCUCAAGACGAUCUACAUAUACAAAGAGGCCGACAGCCAGCACUCUACUUCUUCUGAUUUCUUCGACGCCAAAAUGAUGAAGGACGCUCUGAGCAAGGCCCUGGUGCCAUUCUAUCCCAUGGCAGGGAGGCUUGGGAGAGACAAUAAUGGGAGGCUUGAACUGGACUGCAAUGGGGAAGGAGUCUUGUUUCAAGAGGCGGACGUAGAGACCACAAUCAAUGAGCUAGGAGAGUUCUUGCAUAAAGCUGAGGAUGAAUUGACCGAGCUGGUUCCCAGUGUUGAUUACUCCAAAGGGAUUUCUUCUUACCCUCUGUUCCUUCUCCAGGCGAGCCCCUUAGGAUGAAUUGCAACUCAAGGCAAUGCAUUUUUGUGCAAACUUAAUCACUCACAAGUUGAUUGUUCUGUUUUCUACCUUUCUAGGUAACAAGGUUCAACUGUGGCGGAGUUUGUCUCGGAAUUGGGAUGAACCACAAUGUAGUUGAUGGCAUAUCAGCACUCAGCUUCAUCAACACUUGGGCAGAGAUGACUCGUGGUGUAUACCUUGCAACCAUGCUGAUUAUGGACCGCACGAUUCUCAAAGCUCAAGAACCAGCCCGAGAAUUUCACCACACUGAGCAUGAUCCUCACCCUAUCAUGAUUACAGACAACAAGCCACUACAGCCAGAAAGCCCGCCAAAACCAACUACCAACCACGUCCUGAAGAUGACACCAGACCAACUGAGCACACUGAAGGAGAAGGCCAAUCCAAGGAGUAACCAAUCAGAGGUCAGAUACAGCACCUACGAGAUCCUGUCAGCACAUAUAUGGCGAUGUGUGAGCAAAGCACGCAGCUUGACAGAUGAGCAGACAACAAAAUUGCAGAUCCCAGUCGAUGCCAGAUCCAGGAUGAAACCUCCAAUCCCUCGGCAGUACUUUGGCAACGUGAUCGUUAUUACCUCGGCGGUCGCUGUAACACGAGAGCUUGCUGAUGAGUCAUUACUACAAACAGUGGGGAGGAUUCGAAAGGCCAUAUCCAGGAUGGAUGAUGAGUAUCUCAGGUCAUCAAUAAAUUACAUGGAAGAUCCCAGCAAUCCCGAGGGUGUCAUCGAGGUUCGACCCUGUCAAUCACCCAACCUGUUGCUGGUGAGCUGGAUGAGCCUCCCUUUCAAAGGGGCAGACUUCGGAUGGGGAAGCCCAACACUAACUCGCAAAGUGGACACCUUUGAAGGGAUCGGGCAUCUAUUGCCAAGAAAUGCUGAUGGAACUGUAUCCUUGGCAAUUUGCUUGGAGGCUGAAGCUAUGGAAACCUUCAAGAAGCUGUUCUAUGAGACUGGCCCUUAAUGGAGCUCACCUGAAAAUGUAUCAAGAGACCAAUUACAGUUAAAUGUCGCGCAAAAGCACUCCUGCCAUUAUGUUUUAUCAUAGACUGCAAUCACCACCACUAGUCAUUUACACUUUCAACCAUGAAAUUUCCAUAAAUUUGGAGCAAUUACGAUAAGAAUAAACAGCAUUCUAUGCCCUCAGAUUCUCCUGUUAAAGAGAAUUCAUACAUGGUACGUUACUCAUCUUCUAUUUUCUCACUGGAAGUCAAAAGGAAUACAACAAUGCCACUACUGCUACCAGCAAAUUGUAAGAGCAGCAGUAGCAGUACACCGAAGUUCCACGAAACAACCAUGGUCCAGAGCUGUCGAACUUGGAGCAAAAGGGAAAGAACAGUACUGCUAUAGCUACCAGCAACUAGUAAGAGCAGCAAUAGCAGUACACAGUCAACAACAUGAACAACAGCAGCAGCAGGCAGCAGAAUAACAAAUGGAGAGAGGAGGAAGAAGACAUAGUAAUGGAGAGCUCCAAAAUCAAGCAAGAGCUGUCAUCAUUGGGCAAAAUCAGUCACAACCCUAAAGACAAAACACAGUAAAGACCACGGCUUUAGCAACUAAUCAAAAAAUCGCAGAAGUAAACUCCAUGCAUGUACUAUAAAAUCCCAUGAAUCAGAACCCCCUUGAAAUCAUCCACUGCGGACAGCAUCCCCAUCAAACAGCCUUCAGUCACCACCGGGGCAGCAAGGCAGAUGCGUGCUCAGUGGUGAGUGAAGGCUAGCGAUCGGGAAAAAGAGGAAGUUUCCCCCGCCAGGCAACUGAUCAAUUCAAAUUGCUCACAUGAUCGGGCAGGAGCUAAAGAACAGAAUGGAAACUAUCUAACGGUGAAAGGAAAGCCAUUGAAUUUAACACAAGAAGCUGCGAAGAUGGAGUGUUUUACUUGAAGCCUCUUUCAAGGUGCCAUUCUUGGCUUUUAAUUAACAGGGCGUUCUUUU